CAGUGUUACGCAGUAAUGUUACAGUGCGAAACAGUAACCUCCCUCCCACCCUGCGACUGCUUAUAUUGCAGUGGAUCUGUCAUCUGUGUCUCACGUUCCCACUCAUUCAAGGGCUCAAUAGCGCCGUUGGUGCCUCCGUUCGCCACUCAUUCCAGAUCUAGAGCUCUCUGUUUCGUAUCUGCAACAGCAAGCUUCUGCUCAAUUUCAGAAGCUAAGCUAGAGAAAUCGAUGGCACGAGCGGAGGUGGUGGUGGUGGCUGCAUGGAAAGAACGGGGCCUCCAGGUGCUGGUGCUGCUCAGCUUAACGGUCCAGGUCGCACUCCUAAUCUUGGCAGAGUUCCGGCGGCACAUUGACUCCGGUGUGCUGAAGGCCUUCGCAUGGUCAGCCUACAUGCUGGCCGACGCGACAGCGAUCUACGUGCUUGGCCACCUGUCCGUGACCAGCAGGUCGCCCGAGCACGAGUUGAUGGCCCUCUGGGCGCCGUUCCUGCUGCUGCAUCUUGGUGGGCAGGACAAAAUCACUGCCUACGCCAUCGAGGACAACCGGCUGUGGCUGCGCCAUUUGCAGACGCUCGUCGUGCAGGUCGCGGCAGCCGCCUACGUCAUCUACGGGUCUUCCAUGGUUGGCGACAGGCGGCCCCCCUUGCUUCUGUCAACCACCAUCCUUAUGUUCAUGGUUGGAGUUGUCAGGUACGGGGAGCGAGUGUGGGCGCUCAAGUGCGCUGGCAGCAACCCAUCUGCUGGAAAUUACAAGAGUGAUAUAGGGAUCAGAAGGUUUUCUCUAGCAGUGCCGGAGUCUAUCAUACGGCGCUUGGAUCCAGCAGAAACAUUGCUAUUGAAUGCCCAUAUGCUGUUGGACCUUGCCAAGGACAGGUUUAAGGGGCCAUUACCUCGUCUCUUCUUGUGUGGCCCCAGCAGUCCAGGAUCACAGCUGCGUGGGGAGGAGGAGCUAUACAAGGUGGCCGAGAUGCAGCUCUCGCUGCUGCACGACGUCUUCUACACUAAGGCUGAGGUUACGCACACUUGGUACGGCCUCUGCAUCCGUGUGCUUUCGACGCUGGCCACCAUCGUCGCGUUCUUGCUGUUUAACAUACUACUGUUGGGCAGCCAUCACCCAAAGCUGAGCAGUUACAGCAGAGUAGAUGUUGCUGUUACCUAUGUCCUCUUCGUUGGGGCUGUGAUUCUGGAGACUACAUCGCUUCUGAGGGCUAUACUCUCGAGCUGGACAUGCGCCCUCCUGGUGAAGUACGGGUCGGAAGGAAGUGCCGCGUGUAAUUCUCUUGCCCGUGUACCCUUGUGUCUCCGGCGGCUGGUCCGGGCGGCAGAAUGGAGGAGGAGGUGCAGCUGGAAGCGCUCUAUGGGGCAGCUCAAUCUGAUUCAGUUGUGCGUGCGCAGCAGGGCCAGCCGAUACACGAAGAUUGCUAGAUGGAUGGGUGUCGAGGACUGGUGGAACACAGUGGCUUACUCGAGCCCGUCCACCCCCAUCUCGGCGUGUACCAAGAAGCUGCUGCUGAAGAGCAUGAAGGCGAAGCAAUGGGGUCAGGGGGAGUUCGAGAGCAGAGGAUUGUACGGCGACCCAGCCUGGGUUGCCGAUUCCAAGUUGGAGGAGAGGAUCCUCAUCUGGCACAUUGCCACUGAGGUCUACCUGUGCUGGUAUAAGAUGGAUCAGGAGCAGCAAGCAGAGGCUGCCGAUGGUGCUCUCGACCUCGUCGAGGUGGCUCAGGCGUUGUCCAAUUACAUGCUCUUCCUGCUUGCAUCACGUCCGCAUAUGCUGCCUCCCGAUGCCAGCCGCAACGAUUAUCUUGUGUUGUGCUAUGCUCUCACCAAUCACAUGAGGUACAGCACAGCUGAUGAUUUGCUCUCCUUACUACAGCGCUAUGCGGAUGCAUUGUGGGCUAAUAGCUUUGCGCCUGAGUUUGAGUUAACUUGUAAGAACACUAAUCGGCGUGGAGACAAGGUGUUGAGGGGAGGAUGCUCGCUUGGUGCUUUCCUCAUCCACCAGCGAGACUCCUUGCCUGAUGGUGGCACUGGCACGCUGCAGAUGCUCUGCCGGGUGUGGGCGCAGAUGCUCUGCUUCGUUGCCGACGAAUGCAGCGCGAAUUCUCAUGCCAAGCAGCUCAGCAGCGGUGGCGAGCUCGUUACGGUCGCUGCCGUUGUAGCGAAAUACAUGAGGUCAAGGAGGUUGUCUGCGCACUUUCACAUAGAAUCAAAGCGUAGAAGCGAAUGGUAAAAUAGUAAGGGAGAUUUGUGUUGGAUUCUAAGCAUCGAAGCCUAGAAAAAAAAUUAGAGGAGAGGGUUGCCCCCUGUUUCAUUCAAAAGAAGGAAACUGGUUUGAAACAUGAGGGUUCAGAGCAUAUUCGAAGGCGCGCUCGCCACUAGUUCAGAGCUAACAUGUAACACUGCAGAGCUUAACAUGCUAGCUAAAGAGUCACUGAGAUGAACGCCAGAAACUAAAGAACUUUCCACAUUCUCCUGGUGAAGCGUCUCCCAGCUUGCUAGUUAGGUUACAUCCUGCAACGAGUGGUCUUCCCACAUGAUCAACAAAGGUCUUCUGCAGCUUGCUUCCA